AUGGACCAUCAAUAUACGAAUCCUCCGGAGACACUAGAGUUGGACUCAAAACUGAAACAAAAAGCAACACUAGCCCGAGAUGUCGGAAUUGGCCAGGUAUUGGAAGUGGAGGCCACGCCAGAGCAGGAAAAAAAUAUCCUGAGGAAGUUAGAUAUGAUAUUGAUUCCCUUGAUGGGAGUCUGUUAUAUGAUGCAGUACAUGGACAAGCUGGCUCUGAGUCAGGCUACCAUGUUCAACCUGCGAGAGGACCUGCAUCUCACAGGUCAGGAAUACACCUGGACAUCCGCCGUCUUCUACAUCGGAUACUUCGCCUGGAGCUGGCCCAGUUCAUACCUCAUCGUCCAUCUGCCUAUUGGCAAGUACAUCAGUGCCUCAGUGUUGAUAUGGGGAGGCAUCCUAAUGUGCCACGCGGCCGCAAAGGACUUCGGGGGCCUCGUCGCUGCCCGAUUCUUCCUGGGCGUCGGCGAAGCUGCCAUUGCGCCUGGUUUCUCCCUCAUCACCGGCAUGUUCUACAAGCGUGAAGAACAGCCAGCACGCCAAUCCGCCUGGUUCCUCGGAAACUGCAUCUCAACCGUCAUCGGCGGCGUCGUCGCCUACGGCAUCGGCAGUAUCAGAACCCACACCAUCGCCAGCUGGCAACUCCUCUUCCUCUUCCUAGGCGCCAUCACAGCAUUUAUCUCCUUCUUCCUCAUCAUCCUCCUCCCCGACUCCCCCAAAAAAGCCAUCUUCCUCACCCCAACCGAACGCACCAUCGCCGUACAACGCACCCUCGCCAACAAAACCGGCGUGAUGGACCAAGGCUCCUUCAAAUGGGACCAAGCCUGGCUCGCCAUCCAAGACCCCCAGACGUGGUUCCUAGUGCUAUACACCUUCUCCGUCAACCUCUGCAACGGAGGCAUCACCAGCUUCUCCUCCAUCAUCAUCACCGGCUUCGGCUUCUCCGAACUCCAUUCCCUCCUCAUGCAAAUGCCCCUCGGUGCCGCACAAGUCAUCUUCCUCCUCCUAACCGCCAGCCUAGCCACACUGAUCCCCAACACCCGAAUCCUCAUGAUGAUGGUCAACACCACCGUAUCGCUAAUCGGGAUGAUUCUCGUCUGGAAACUCGACGACGAUAACCGCAAGGGCCGAUUAACAGGUCUCGCCCUGGGGGCUGUCUUCGCAGUCAAUAUCCCCCUGUCAUUGAGUCUCAUCAGUUCGAAUGUAGCCGGGUUCACGAAACGGAGUACCACCAGCGCGAUGCUGUUUGUUGCCUACUGCGUGGGGAAUAUUGUGGGGCCGCAGUUUUUUUAUUCAUCUGAGGAACCUUAUUAUCCGACGGGCAUGAAAGCGGCGGUUUCGGGGUUAGCGCUAGGGGCGUUUUUCCUGGGGGGUUUGUUGGGUUACUAUGUGUGGGAGAAUAGGCGCCGUGAUCGGGUGUUUGGAUUGCCGGUGCAGAUGACGGAGAGUCAGGAGUUGGCGUUGGGGUUGUCGAGGAAGACGGAUUUGGAGAUGGAGGAUUUUCGGUAUGUUUUGUAG